CUUUUGGUACAAUAGUAAUUGUUUGUUUACCUGCUAGGCUGAAUUUAUGAGAGAAAAGAAAACCCAAAAAAGACGGCUUAUAUAUGCUAUUAAAUCGGAAGAUUAUAAAUAGUGGUACUAUUAUAUUAUUGUGAUGGAAUAUAAUAAAGUUGUAGGUUAGAUAGAGGUCAAGAUGUAAAGCAAAUGUCUUUGACCAUCACGGUGAUCGUGUUCUUUGUGUUACUUGGUCUGUCUGUCUGUCUGUCUACAAGUCAACAACCAACUUCUAAGCUUUCGCGUCUGUCUCACCUCAAUUCCCACCAUCUUUUCCUUUUCUUUUUGGUUCAAAAUCUCACACGACUUUUAUAUAUUUAUGUGUGUUUUCAGCAAUUUUAGAAUAUUCUUGAGUAAAUGUGGUUACAUAAUAAAACAUAUAUUCUCUUGAGUAACAUUUAAUCGAAUAAAAAUUGAGUGAUAAAUUUUGAAUUCUUUUACCGGUCAAACCAACGUCAUUACACAAACUUUAAACUAAAACAGUAUCGUAAACAACACAAAACCAAAUCCCACAAGAAUCGACCUGAGUUGUGUUUUGUUUAAAAGUUACCCAUGGGGCCAGUAUCGUAAACAACACAAAACCAAAUCCCACAAGAAUCGACCUGAGUUGUGUUUUGUUUAAAAGUUGCCCAUGGGGCCAUAGGCCAUAAAGCAAUAAAAUGUUGGGUCCAUCUAUUCAACCCAUUAUUUCACAUUUUCUCUCUCCGUGACUAAGCCCAGAGGCUAGCAACUGUCAGCUAAAUACGCCAUUUAUUUCGUUGAUUUUAGGGCCUUAAUUGCUGGUCCGUUGUAUCGAUAUUUGGGGACUAAGGGCAUUCCCUUGAGGCCCGUCCCUUAAGAAGUUUGGGUUGAAAAUAAAUCAAAAAAAAAAGAAAUUGAGUAGAACGGGCCUAAAAUAAGGGAUUUCGGGCUCGUCCCGUGAGGCAACGUGUCAGUUCGAGUUUGGGAGAGCAAAUCGUCGAAAUUGUCGGUGUCUUCGCGUUCUUUCUCAUUCUGAUAGAGAAAUUGAAAUAGAAAAGCACGAAGGCAAAAAGUUGAUCUCCUCAGAUCGGAAAAUCGAUCCCUCUUUCACCGGAGUUUCAGUCUGCGUGUCUCCUCAAUCGAAAGCCCAACUCACCAAAACGAGAGGUCGCAGAUUCCGUUGGCGUUUGAUCCCCAAAUCGAGAUUCCGAGCUCCAUCGACUUCCGUUCACUUCCGGUCUUGUACGAACGGUCUCAUCUUCCCCAAAUCCUCUGAAUCUCGACCCGAGCUCAAUCCAUAGCCGCUACCAAGGUAUUUUCUUCAACUCCCAUCUGAAAUUGAAAAGUUUAGGGUUUUGUAUUUUGCAUGCGAAUAGGCUGUGGCAUAGAUUCUAUGUUGUUCGAGAAUAAUUGUACAGAUUCUAGGGUUCGCAAAUGUUACAUAGUUGCGUAUAGCUUGAUUGAUUGUUUGAUUGUGUGAUUGUGUGAUUGUUUUCGUUGUAGGUUGAUUGAUUGUUUCGUAUAGAUUGAACCAUUGUAGCUGUUGUAGCUUAUUUGAUUGUUUUGUAUAGAUUGAACCAUUGUAGUCCUGGUAGCUUGUUUGAUUGUUUAGUAUAGAUUGAACCAUUGUUUUCAUUGUAGCUUGUUUGAUUGUUUCGUUUAGAUUGAACCGUUGAGUUUGGUUGUUGCUUGUUUGAUUGUUAACAAAUGUAUAACAAACCAGUAACUGAUUUUAGCAACAUGAAAGAACUGUUUGAUAGUUUAGUUUCGAUGCUUUGCAUCCUAUAACUGGUUUUGCGUCUCUGGCUAGCCAUAGUUCAUAGAUUCUAUUUCUCAUAUCGUUUACUUUAUUGUCCAUAUAAUAAUAAAAGUAGGUUCUAUACUUCAUCUUUCAAGUUGUCUCUUGUUUUAUUUUUAACAAGUGCUCUGUGGUAGUUGUAUAAAAGUAGGUUCUAUACUACAUCAUUAAAGACAGUGACUUGCUUUCUGCUCAGUUACGAUUACAUUAAUGAUGUUGUUAGGAUAGUUGAUAGCUUUUUUUGGUGUAAUAAGUUAGGAUUUGACAUUUCUUGUUGGGAGUUCACCAUUAUGAGUUUAUAGACUUCACUUCAGCCUAUAAAAUCUAUUCUCUUAUCACUUCUAUCUCAUAACUCUUUCUCCAUUCUAUCUAUUAUCUUUCUCUCUUCUAUGGAUCCAAGCAAUGUUCCUAGUCAGUCCGCUAGCUACGUAGGACUGCUUCACAGUCAACAAGGAAGCGUUUAUCAUGAAAACUUCCGUUAUGGAAGUUUUCAUUCUAGUGUCAACUUUGCAGAAUCCAAUACAUUUCCGGCUUUCAGUUCUCAGCAACCUGAAGACGCACCAGUAGACGCACAAGCUGCCCGUCCUGUAAGACGCAAGUGGACCCCUGCAGAUGACGAGGUGCUGAUCAGUGGGUGGCUCAACACUUCGAAGGAUUCAAUUGUUGCAAAUGAGCAGAGGUCGGGGGCCUUCUGGAUACGGGUUGCUAAGUAUUAUGCAGACAGUGUUCAUGGAAGAGAGGAUGGUGUGAGAGAGCACGGUUGUUGCAAGAAGAGGUGGCACAGAAUCAAUGAUGAUGUUAACAAGUUCUGUGGCGCAUACUCGGCAGCUCAGCGCCAAAUUAGCAGUGGUGAGUCUGACACAGACGUUCUGAAGAAAGCGCAUGAAAUUUUCUUCUCUGAUCAAGAGCACAAGUUCGCACUUGAACAUGCUUGGUGUGUGUUGAGGUUUGAACAGAAGUGGCUCAGCCUUAACACACCCAAAGCUGGUGGCGUUUCAAAGAGGAAGAAUGUGCAGACAGAUUCCCAAACUUUCACCAACGAAGGCUUCGUUGAUGUUGAGAGCAGGCCCGAAGGUGUCAAGGCUGCUAAGGCUAAAAGAAAUACGGGUAAAGGGAAGUCCGUUGCUGAGAUUGCAACAGUUUGGGAAAUGAAGAAGGACGAUUUGGUGAGGAAGGAGAGACUGUCGAGGCUAGCCAUACUAGACAGUCUCCUCACGAAGCCUGUUCCAUUGACUGAUAGGGAAGAAUCUGCGAAGAAUAAGCUCCUAGCCGAGUUAUUCUGAAAAAAUUUAGAUGUUCUGGUUUCAUGUUCUUGUAUGUCGUCUCUUUAAUUUUUAGGAUUGCUCUAUGUUUGUGUUUGCUCUAUCUUUCUUAUUGGUCUAUGUAGUUCCGGUUUUGUUAAAUGAAUGAUUUUCUUUCAAUGUUUGUGUUAUUGUUUAUCUGUAAAUUUAUAUGUUUCUGAUUUUCUUUCAAUGUUUGAGUUUCAUGUUCUAUGUUUCUAACUAGUAUGGCUCGAUAAUGUCUGCAGGUUAAGUAAAAAAUGGGAUGUUACAGCUACUCGCAACCAUCAGAAGACGAGACUUUAUUUGGAAACAAUGACGACAGUGACUACAGCGAGACGGAGGAUCUCAUACGACGCGACCAAGCUGAGUUAAGCUUGGAACGUUGUUCACCGGUUCACUACCCUCCGCAACCGGAGGUAGAGUUUGGUUUCCCGCAGGUCUGCUAUUGUGGUGCUCAGCCAGUGCUUGCAACGUCUAACACUAGGAAUGAUCAAGGGAGAAGAUAUUACACUUGUGCGAACAAGGACGACGGCGAUUGCCAUAUUUUCAAAUGGUGGGAUGACGCGGUGAUGGAUGAGAUGAGAGCCAGAGAUGUACAUGUGUUUCAGCUGGCUGAAAAGGUUGAAAGCCUAACCCUUUUAGCUGACUAUGACACUGAGGAGAAGCUACGAAAGCUAGAGAAGAUUGUUGGUGAUAUGGCUAAGGAGAAAUCAUGUAUGAUCAAAGGGUUUGAGUGCUUUGUAAUAGGCAUAGUUGUUCUUGUUGUGGUAAUAGGCAUGGUGGUUAUGUUAGUCUAAUGUUUGAUUGUCUCAAUGUAUUGAAUCCGUUAAGGAACCUCUUUCUUUCUCCUAAUUUAGACGAAUGUGUUCGCAGUUUGUAAUCGCAUGUAUUGAUUAAAAACAGGAACCGCUUUUGUUCUCAACAUUCAACAAAAUAUGUCUUUCAGAACUUGCUUGAACUCGUGUCCUCACAAUGACUUACAAUUUGCUUUUACAAGAUGUAACCAUAAUAUUCAAGAAUUUUAUACACAUGGUUAUUUAAUUUAUAACAAUAAGUCACAUGUUGAGUUCCUUUGUACCAAUAAGUCACAUGAUCCAUAGCACAUGUUUAUUUUGCUUCCUACCAAUAAGUCACAAGUUGUACUAAAGAGAAAUAAUUCAAUCACGGGAGGUUUGUAGAGACUUUUUUUAAAUCAUAUAAAUAAGUAUUGUGAUUUCUUCUCUCAUUACAAAGGUGCAAAGUCUCAUCUUCUCUUAAAAUUCGAAACAUUUUUUCCUUUUAAAAAAAUUGUCAAUGGCUUCUUCUUCCCAUUAUCAUUACCACAAAGAUGAUGAUGAUGAAUUAGAUGACAUUUUUGAAGAUUUAUUUGAAGACUUUGAUUUCAAUCCCACACUAAAAGAGCGAAAAAAACGAGUUUUUAUCGAGAGACACUGGGAGGAAGGCCAUCAGAAACUCUGGAAUGAUUAUUUUAGCGAAACUCCAACAUACCCGCACAAUUUAUUCCAGCGACGGUUUCGGAUGAACAAGGAAUUAUUCUUGCGUAUUGUGAAUCGUCUCUCUACAGAAGUCGAGUAUUUUCAACCCGGAGUAGAUGCUACCGGACGAUCGAGUCUAACUCCGCUCCAAAAAUGUACCGCAGCAAUUCGUCAAUUGGCGUACGGUGGUGGUUCUGACACAGUUGACGAAUAUGUCCGAAUUGGGGAAACAACGGCAAGAAGGUGUUUGCACAAUUUUGCUGCGGGAAUAAUCGACUUGUUUGGCGAACAAUACCUAAGACGUCCCACACCGGAGGAUCUGCAAAGACUACUUUAUAGUGGAGAACAACGUGGGUUUCCAGGGAUGAUUAGAAGCAUCGACUGUAUGCAUUGGGAGUGGAAGAAUUGUCCCACGGCUUGGAAAGGAAUGUAUUCACGAGGAACUGGAAAACCAAUGAUUGUCUUGGAGGCGGUAGCUUCAUAUGACCUCUGGAUAUGGCACGCAUUUUUUGGAGCUCCAGGUACUAUGAACGAUCUUAAUAUUCUCGAUCGAUCACCCGUUUUUGAUGACAUUAUUAACGAAAUAGCGCCACAAGUUAACUUCUAUGUUAAUGGUAAUCCAUACCAUUAUGCAUAUUAUCUCACCGAUGGUAUUUAUCCGAAAUGGGCUACAUUUAUUCAAUCUAUCCGACUACCACAAACUCAGAAGCAUUCAUUAUUUGCUCAAACCCAAGAAGCUGUGCGAAAAGAUGUUGAGCGUGCCUUCGGAGUCCUACAAGCUAGGUUUGCCGUUGUUAGAAAUUCAUCUAAUAUAUGGGAUAAAGAAAAAAUAGGAAAUAUUAUGAGAGCAUGUAUCAUACUCCAUAAUAUGAUUGUCGAAGAUGAACGAUCAUCAAGAAGGGAUGAGAACGUUGAUGAAUUUGAAGAAGGAGAUGUGGAAACAUUUUCCGUCAAUAUGCCUUCAACUGUCGGGAGUACACUUGAACGUCGAACGAGCGUUCGGAAUAGACAAGUCCAUCAACAUUUAAAAAAUGAUUUGAUUGAAAAUAUAUGGACUAAAUUUGGAAUAAUAUAUAAUUUGUAUUUUCUUUCAAUAAUGUCAUUUUCUUAUGUUUUCUAUUUUCUUUAUUUUGAUGUUUGUAUUUUCUUUCAAAAAUGUAAUUUUCUUAUGUUUUCAAUUUUAAUAUUACAUUUUUAUUUUUAA